AUGAUGAGCAGCUACCCGGACGGCGAGGACACGGUGGCGCUGCUGGCUCAUGACACCAGCGGCAGCAAGGAGCCGGAGCGGGGCAAGGAGGAGCUGAGCGCCGACAAGGGCCCCGAGAAGCCGGACCCCUCGCAGAAGCCCCCCUACUCCUACGUGGCCCUGAUCGCCAUGGCCAUCCGCGAGAGCGCGGAGAAGAGGCUCACGCUGUCCGGGAUCUACCAGUACAUUAUCAGCAAGUUCCCUUUCUACGAGAAGAACAAGAAGGGCUGGCAGAACAGCAUCCGCCACAACCUCAGCCUCAACGAGUGCUUCAUCAAGGUGCCCCGGGAGGGCGGCGGCGAGCGCAAGGGCAACUACUGGACCCUGGACCCGGCCUGCGAGGACAUGUUCGAGAAGGGCAACUACCGCAGGAGACGAAGGAUGAAGCGGCCCUUCCGGCCGCCCCCGACCCACUUCCAGCCCGGCAAGACCCUCUUCAGCCCCGACAGCUACGGCUACCUCUCCCCGCCCAAGUACUUGCAGUCCACCUUCAUGAACAACUCGUGGCCGCUGGCGCAGCCCCCCGCGCCCAUGCCCUACACCUCCUGCCAGAUGUCUGGCGGGAACGUCAGCCCCGUCAAUGUGAAAGGACUCUCGGGCCCGGCGUCCUACAGCCCCUACUCGCGGGUGCAGAGCAUGGCGCUGCCCAGCAUGGUGAACUCCUACAACGGCAUGGGCCACCACCACCACCCGCACGCCCACCACCCCCAGCAGCUCAGCCCGGCCAGCCCCGCGCCGCCCGCGGCCCCGGCCGCGAACGGAGCCGGCCUCCAGUUUGCCUGCGCCCGCCAGCCCGCCGAGCUGUCCAUGAUGCACUGUUCCUACUGGGAGCACGACAGCAAACACAGCGCCCUGCACUCCCGCAUAGACAUCUAG